UCAUUUAAUAGGUACAUCUGGUAUGGGUCUACGCAAGACUCACUGGUCUCAAACACAAACAUCUUAAGCCUACACCUUACCUUAACCAUUCACAUUUUUCUACCCUCAGAACCACAUUCACGUCAAACACAGAUUUGCAAUGACGCAUACAGGUGCUUUCGUGAGGCCAAUGUCAAUAACCCAAAAGAGACAGCUGUUUCUAUAGCCACUGCUGAGGAUCGAUUCACCCAUGAGAAGCUUAAUGUCUGAGACUCAACACAUUGCCAUCCAGACUGACCAGUAUAAGAAAAAUACAUUUCAAAGAAUUCUCUGUACGCGCUAGAAAUUUUUUUAUGCGUGGAAACACCUUGACUCAGCAUUGACUCUGUGAUUGCGGUUCCAUAGAUUGUGAAGUUUACCAUAAAUGGCUUUACUUUUGUCCCGCUGCUGUUGUUCUACAAUCCCAAACAUGUGUGACAGAAGCGUGCCAUGUGAUUGCAGGCCUCUCCCAGUCUUCACGCAGACAGCUGCUGUUCUGAUGACAGUGCGCAUACAGACCUCUCUGAGCCAUUUAAACUUUAAAGAUCCUCCAGGAGGUUGUGAGUGAGUGAGAAUCACUUCUUCAAUCGCUUCUCCAAAAGAUCUGGUGGUUUGAAACAUAUAGACAAGUUUUCCACAAAUCCUGAGGCCUUUUAUUUGGGUCACAAUGGGAGCUUUUAUCGCCAAGAUGUUGCUGCCCACCAUCAGCAGUUUGGUGUUCCUGCCUGCAGCCAGUGUGGCCGCCAAGAGGGGCUUCCACAUGGAGGCCAUGGUCUAUUUCUUCACAAUGUUCUUCACAGCGAUUUACCAUGCAUGUGAUGGUCCAGGCUUGUCCAUUCUCUGUUUCAUGAAGUAUGAGAUUCUGGAGUACUUCAGCGUGUACGGCACAGCUAUCUCCAUGUGGGUCACGCUACUAGCACUGGGAGAUUUCGAUGAACCCAAGCGCUCUUCGCUGACCAUGUUUGGUGUGUUGACCGCGGCUGUGAGGAUUUACCAGGACCGCUUGGGCUACGGCAUCUACUCCGGCCCAAUUGGAACAGCUGUCUUCAUGAUAACAGUCAAAUGGUUACAAAAAAUGAAGGAAAAGAAAGGCCUUUAUCCAGACAAAAGUGUUUACACUCAACAAGUGGGGCCAGGGUUCUGCUUCGGUGCUCUUGCUUUGAUGCUUCGCUUCUAUUUUGAGGAGUGGGACUACGCUUAUGUCCACAGUUUCUACCAUGUGUCACUGGCUGUGUCCUUCAUUCUGCUGCUGCCCAAGAAGAACCGCUAUGCCGGGACAGGACGCAAUGCAGCCAAACUUAACUGCUACACCCUCUGCUGCUGUGUAUGAUGCAUCUUUUUAUCUGAGCGAAGCUGUAGAGGUGCUUUCCUCACCCUGAAAGCCUCUUUAAGAUGAUAAACAGUCUCAUAGUGAGCA